GCCUCUUGGCGGUACUGAGCUCUAUGGCGGUGGUGGUGGUGCUAGGAGAGUGCGGAACCUGCCAGACAAACGAUGUGGCUUGCCUGAAUACCACGCACUAUAAGUUCUGCGGCGAAAAUGUGGCUCCCGACCAGAUCGCCCAGUGUCCCACAGGUCAGGUCUGCACCAGCCUGGCAAUCGUCUGCAUUGACGAGGGUCUGGUCGAGGCCACCUGCUCGGACACCCCAGCCGAUGGAUCCUGCCUGUCCUGCGAUGGAAGUAGUAUGUUCGUCUGCACCAGCCGCACCACCUUCCAGAUGUGCAAUGGCACCUCUGUGACCAGCCAGGUCACCAAGUGCAAGGACAACAAGGUCUGCUCCAUUAAGUCCGGCAAAUACUGCGUGGAUCUCUGCGAGGCGGGCGACUCCAUUGAGUGCAACAGAGAAGCUCCUCUAGAAUCAUAAGCCUCCUCUUGCUUUUUGUAAAAUAAUAAAUCUACC